AACGUCUACCUCGUGAGAGUGUGGAGCCGUUUGUGCUUUCAUUUUGAGCCGAGAAACAGCUGAAGAGGACCGAGAUAUGCUCUCCUCUGGCAGGACAAGAGUUUAUUUCUGUUGACAGAAGAAAAAAAAAAAAAAAGUUUCUGCACUGAGUAGAAAGUUUUAGAGAGCGCAGAGAAACAAAAAGACAAUAACAACAGCCUACGUGCCGUGCAGGUGGUACACACGUUGUUGGUCGGCACACCAGCACUCUAUCAAGACCUCGUCUCACCUGAGCCUGACAGGACACUCGGAAAUGUCCCUGGAAAGUUAUUCAGCGCUGGAUGAGCCCUCUCUCCGAGCCCUGCUGGAUGGAACCGUGGAUCUGGACGAGAGACGCCGCAUCCGUUCAGCCAUCCGGGAGCUGAGGAGGAGAGAGAUCGAGGACAUGGAGGCAGCUCUGGCAAGCAAGAGAUUUCGACCCACGCGCUUCAAUCAGCAGGAGGACAAAGAGAACCAGCACAGGUCAGAAUCCAGUGAGAACUUGGAUGUGCUGAAACAAAAACUGCAAUCAAUCCAGGACAUCGAUGAGCUCCAGCAAAUGCUCCGUGGAGCCAAAGAGUACAAGGAAAGGAGGAUGAUCCGAGAGGCCAUUCGACAAAUUCAAGAGGAGCAGCAGCAGGGGACCGUGGAGAAGGGUAAGGUUCCUGGCCUGGAGCCUGAGGGUGUGCAGUCCCAGAGCAGCAUGGGAACUGGGGACACCGAGAAGGAGAGCCGCAGUGAGCAUAUCCAAUCUCAGAUCCGGGAGUUAAGCAGCCAGCAGACACAACAAAACAUAGAGCAGCAGAGAAUAGGCUCCAGUUCAGGCAUGGUGUUGGUUCUGGAUCACCUGGCAAAGGAUGAUGGACCUCUGUUGAUCCAGCCACAGCGAGAAGCUGUGAUCAAGGAGACUGACCUGGUAAUGUCUCACCGUCAGAGGUCAGACUCCUCGGCUUCUGAUCACAGUGCGACCUCGAUGCUUUCCAAGUCCAAUCUGGAAUCUGUGCCCUCAGAGAAGGGUCUGGGCUCAGCUUACAGAGCCCGGCUGGACUCCGGAGCCUCAGACAAGAGCCAGAGUUCCUCCCAGCGUGGUCGGCUAGACUCCGGGGCCUCAGACAGAAGCAUCAACUCCCAGUUCUCUGCCAGACAGAGACAGGGCUCAGAUGUCUCUGAUUCAUGUGCCAGACCCCGUCUGGGCUCUGAGACUUCAGACAGCAUUGGUCUGUUGUCAAGGAAGCGAACAGUCUCCGGGACAUCUGACCAGAGUGUGAGCAUGUCCUCAGAAGAGCAGGGUCCAUCUGAGGAAGCGGAGGUAGCCAGGAGUGAAUCCACUUGCAGCACAGAUUCAGAAACUGAGAGCAGAAGCCAAGGUCCAGCCAGCACUCAAGCUGAGUCUAACCAAGAGGAGCCUGAUGGGGCUGUUUUAUCUCUGAGAGAUCCUGCAAAUGGCCUGCUCAGGGGGAAAUCUGAGGUCCACAGGCAAAAGAUAACUGUUGGCAGCGACCUCUCCCGCACUCAUGGCAAAGCAAGGGAUUCUGCAUCCGAGAAGAAAGCUGUUAUAUCGGAACAGUUGAGUCGCACCACCUCCGUUCGAGAUCGAAUGCGCAAGUUUGCAGAACUUGAGCAGAGUUCAAAUGUCUCAGCUGUAAAGAAAACUCCUCUGAAAAAUGGGGCCAUUUCCAGCAGCAGUGGCCAGACAAAUGUCUUCAGAGCUACCGAGCUGUUUACACACUCAGCAGCAUCCCUCAGCACAUCUGGAGACAGGCCAGCACGGUCACGUGUGGACUCCGCAUCUGCAUCCGAGAGUCAGGCCACACCUCAGCCAAGAGGCGUGGCUAACAAGUCUCUGUCUUCAGCUGACCAAUUGCAGAACUCCGUGGGUGGGACGGGACAUCCAGCUGAAAAAGAUGCACAUGCCUCUGAUAACGCAAAGGAAGACGAGACCCCAGGGAGAGCAGCUGGACAAAAGGUCACCCAGGGAGAGGCAGACCCAGACAUGAAGACCUUCCUCACCAUUGAGAUCAAGGAUGGGCGCACCACCACUUCCUCCUCAUCAGCCCCUGGUAGAGGCAACAUCAUACCUAUCACCCACAUGACCCCACGCAUCACCCCUAAUGUCCUGGGGCAAAAGCAAGAGUUGACCCUCGGCCUAAGAGCAACACCAUUUAAGAUCUCUUCUUCCAGCUUCUCCUCUGGACCCUCCAUCAAGAUGGAGACGGAACCCGUCGUCGCUUCUGAGCCAGUGUUUUCAGCUGGAUCGUCUGUCCAGCGUCAUGUCCCGGCCAUUCCCAAUGGCUCUGGCACUCAGGCCAAACCUGCUGAAUGCUCAGGGAAACUGACGGCUGAAAAGCUGGCUGCGAUCGAGGAUGAAGAGCUCCUUGACAAAAUGCUCGAUGAGUCAAAAGACUUUGAGGAGAGGAGGAUGAUCCGUGCAGCCAUGAGAGACCUCCGUAAAAGAAAGAGAGAGGCCAUGCUGGGAUGUACUCAAGAGGAAAUAGACCAGAGAGAAAAGGAGCGCGAAACCCGUCUGCAGGAGCUCCGGCAGCAGAGAGAAGAGCGAGCACAGAAAGGCCGUGCCGGGGUGGGAGAGGUGGUCACAAGCAAGGUGGAGAAGUCAGCAGAUGGUUCAGCCGUCGGCCAAAUCACCAAGACAAACCGCUUUGCUCAGUCUGAUGAUGGGAGCAAAUCAACACGCAGCACUGUUGUGGAGGCCAGUUAUGUACAGAAAACAGACAGAGGGACAGUCCAGUCAAAAUCAUACAGCUACACCUCUUCCACCUCCACUAACACAAGCAAAAAAAUUGGAAGUGUGUUUGAUCGCGAGGAUGACACGUCGUCACGAAGCGGCAGCAGCGGGUUGGCCGCUGUGGAGCGAAGGCAGGCGGAGAGGCGCAAGGAGGUGAUGAGGGCUCAGACACUGCCGAAGACAUCGGCCAUGCAGGCCCGCAAAGCCAUGAUAGAGAAGCUGGAGAAGGAGGGAGGCGGCCCUGGAAAUCAAGUGGUGGCCAAGGUAAACAAAGUUCAGCGUUCCACCAGCUUUGGUGUACCCAAUGCAAACUCCAUCAAGCAGAUGCUUCUCGACUGGUGUCGUGCCAAGACCCGCUCAUAUGAGCAUGUGGACAUUCAGAAUUUUUCAUCCAGCUGGAGUAAUGGCAUGGCGUUCUGCGCCCUGGUGCACAAUUUCUUCCCUGAAGCCUUUGACUAUAACUCCCUGAGCCCCAGCAACCGCAGGCAAAACUUUGAGGUGGCCUUUAGCACUGCAGAGACCCACGCCAACUGCAUGCCUUUGCUGGAAGUGGAAGACAUGAUGAUCAUGGGUAAUAAACCAGACUCCAAAUGCGUCUUCACCUACGUGCAGUCUCUGGUCAACCACCUGCGCAGAUACGAGAUGUCCAUGGGUCGGCCCUGUGACCUCUGACCUGCUCUCGUGCUGCGAGAUCUCGGCUCCGAUCCCUUCCCCCAAAUGCCCCCCCACCACCUUCACCCGAUGAUCGCCUCCACUCUGGCAGGCGGGGUCUAACAGUUGCACAUCUCCGAUGGUCAAGAUGAGGAUCGUAUGUGUCUGUGUGUGCGUGUGUUUGUGUCAGUUUGCUUUAAGCUUUCCCGGCAGUGGUGAUGUGUGCUGCUCUGCUGGACACACACUGUUAACGCAAAGUCUGCCAUUCUCCAGCAAGAGAGCAGCAGUGAGACCUUUUUUAAGCUUUUACAUCUUGUUUUGUGUGUUUAAAAACUCUAGUUAAUAUUCAACAUGCGGUAGUUCUAUCACUUUGCUGUUGUACUGAGAAACACCUCCAGAGGGAAAAGAGAAAUAUUUUUUAUAGUAUUUCCAAUUUUUUUUUAAAGUAUUUAUACAUGCAUUUUUCUCUGCUACACUUUUGUAAUUACUGUAACAUGUUUGCACUUCUCUUGGUAAUCCCACUGAAAAAGGAAAAAUGUAUCCAACCAAAUGAUCCAUUAUUUCUUUUCUAUUUUGGUACUUUUUUUUUUUUUUUAAAAAAAACAAACUUGUGUUGCUUGAAGUGUUUUAAUUAAGUUAUUUUCAUCUUGAUGUAAUCGAGUAGUAUAAUAAUUUUUAAUACAUGAGCACAGGGAUUUUUAGACUUCAUUAUUCAAGUGGAUUCAACAUUGUUACUGUAAACUCAUCUUUCUCAAGUCCAAACAGCUGCUGAGGACAUUUUCUGGACAUUUUAUCCAUCCUCUGACCCCAUCAUCAUCAUCAUCAUCAUAAUAGUAUGGAUGCAAGAUGCUUGCUGUUAAAUUCAGGUUUGUUUUUUGUAUUUCGGUACAAAGAAAACGAGGAGUAGGUUGAAGUCUGAGUCAUUUAGCUGAUUUGUGUCAUUACUGCCGUUUGCUGCUGCUUGACUGACAGCAUAUGGGCAAAAGACCUCACCACCACCCCCAGCAUCGCUGCACUGCCCUGCCAAACACAUUCACACACAGCUCUGUUAGAGGGCUCCUUAUUUAUGCUUGAGUAGAUUGUUUUUAAUAUGGUUUUUGUUGGUGUGUACAUGAUGCUUUUAAAGGUUUUGUUGAUAAGCUUAAGAUACCAGAAUGCUGGAUUUUCUUGUGUGAAAUCCGGCUUUUAGUAUAAACUUGACUGAUAAAAGCCAACUGUAUGUUUAACUAAAUGAAGCUAAGAGUGGAGGGGAAAGUUUAAAUUCAGAUUUUAUUUCACUUGUAAAAUUUGGGUUCCUCUGACAAGAAAAUUUGGUUUGAGUUGAUGUAAAAGAAACUUAUUUUUUAGAUUUGAGAAUUAACUGCUGCCAACUGAAAGAUAAAAGCUUUCAUGAGGCAGUGGAGUGUGUGUGUGUGUGUGUGUGUGUGUGUGUGUGUAUAUAAGGACUGAAACACAUUGCAAUUUCAUUUUUCUGUGCACCGCAGUUAAAUGUGAAUUAAACCAAUUUGAGA